AUGUUUUCAAAAUAAAGUAAACUUUUUGUUAGAAAUAUUUAUGGCUCAUUUAAAAAAGUUCUCACUUGCAAAAUAAUUAAGUUAGAUGCGCUAAAAUACUCAAAGGUCUUUACUCCUUUGUUAUUUUUAACUGGAAACGAUGACUGUCUUUUCUAUUCAUCUGAUUUGCUUAUGAACUUUUCAUUGAAAAAAUAAAAAGAGAUGAAAAAUCUACUUUUUACAAUUUAAACUUUAGAAAUACCUUAUUUAAGUGUUAAUUAAGUAGGAUUGGAGGAUAGAUAUUUUGGAAUUAUGUUUUAAAAAAAAAUUUCAAAUGGUCACUAAUUGAAGAAAAAAAUUUAGAAUAAUAAAUUAAAUGCAAGAGUGGUAAAAAAUGAUAGGUUCUUUUAUAAGAUAGGAGAGAAUAUUAGAGAAAGAUUAUGUUCCUUAGUUACUAGAAAACUGAAACUUCAUAUUAAUAUAAAUAGUCUAUUCUUAAUAAGUUUUAAGCAAAAGUAUUAUCAUAAGAAGAAUUUUAAAUUCAAACGAAAAUAGUAAUAUAUUAUGAUAAUUCUUAUUAAUAUUAUUAGAAUUCUUAAUUAAGCUAUUUUAAUUGUUAAAAGGUCUGUAUUUAUGGAUAGCAAAGUAUUUUUUUGA